AUGGGGCUUCUCUUCACUUUGUCUGCUUCUGCUACUAUUAUUCUCCUGGUAAUUCCCGGAGAUUCAUGUGUGGACAUCAUUGGAGGGUAUGCAGUGACUCCACAUUCAAGACCAUAUAUGGCCCUAAUCAAAGGGAAAGAAUAUUGUGGAGGAGCUUUGAUCAAAGAGAACUGGGUUUUAACAGCAGCCCAUUGUAAAAUUGAUAGAAGAAGCAGAGUUGUUCUUGGAGCUCAUUCACUUUCAAAGAAAGAGAAAGAACAACAGACUUCUAAGAUUGCAAGACCAAUUAGCUUCCCAUGCUUUAAUAAUCAGACAAAAGAAAAUGACAUCAUGCUUCUGCAGCUUCAACAGAGAGCAAAAAUUAAUAAAGCUGUGAAAACCAUUAAGCUACCUAACACAGACACUGACCCCAAACCAGGAACAAAGUGCCAAGUAGCAGGAUGGGGAAUAACUAAGAAUCAAGAGCGUAAACCUUCUGAUAUCCUGAGGGAAGUCAACAUCACCAUCAUCGACAGAAGAAUCUGCAAUGAUCAGAAUCACUAUAAUUAUAACCCCAUGAUAACAAUGAACAUGGUGUGUGCUGGCGAUGAGAAUGGAGGAAAAGACUCAUGUGAUGGGGAUUCUGGUGGUCCUUUGAUAUGUAAUGGUGAACUGAAAGGCAUCACCUCCUUUGGCAAGGCAAAGAAGUGCGGUACUCCUCAAUACCCUGGUGUCUAUGCUCGUCUUACGAAGAAACAUCUUCUCUGGAUAAAGCAAACCAUAGGCGGUGACAUAGAUUAAGUCAGUCACUGACUGAUUUUCUGUUGCUCUGAUAUACAUUUACUUGUACCAAAAUUUAUUUUUGAAUUAUGCAGUCAGUAUGACCAGAGUAUUAUUCAGUAGCUUCAUGUACAUACUAUGGUUGAAGUAGUAAUUUCACUAUAAGCCCUUUCAAUGGCUUGUAACUUUCCCAUCAGAAUUCACUUUGGGGCACACAUUUCAUCUAUGUGAGUCCAGCAAAGAAAUGACCUUAACCCCAGCACAACAUGAACAUAGUAUUCACCUAUAACAGUAUAUGCCCUGUAGUCUCAGCCAUAGAGGGGCUAAACAGGGGCUUCAUGGCUAAGGAAAGAAGUAUUACUUCACCCUUAGAAAGUGCAUUUACUAGAUCUCUGCAUAGAUAAUGAGCAUGUCAGCUCAAGGUCCAAUCCGACUCCCACUGAACUGAGUAGAAUUUGGCCCUAAUUGCAUAUUGAGAAUAACUACACAUACCUAGAUCUGGAUUUCCGUAAAAAUCCUAGAGAGUCACUGAGAGUCUAGGAAUAAUCCCAGAAUCCUGGGAUACUGUUGAUGCCUCUCCUUCCUCUGAUGAUCCCAUGAUUUAUGUUUGCCCCCCACUUCUGAAGGCCCUCUGAAGGGGGCUAUUAGGCAGCCUGAGGACAUGGCGUUUCAAAGACUGAAUACUUCAUAGGGAAGUUUAUUUGACUGUGAAAUCUAAUGAUUUUGGAUUUCCUAACUUCUAUGUAUUUCAAAACUUCAACCAUUUCAUUACAUUAUAAUAUUUUGCAUUUAAUAAAGAAAAGGCAAUAAAGUUUGUGGCGUGAAAUAUGCAAUUAUCUGGAACAUUCUGUCUCUUGCAGUAAAAAUACUAUGUGCAGUUUUGAACAUGUAAACUAUUGGCAAACCAAAUCAGGGUAUAUACUUGUUUAUAACAUACAUUAUGUUAAACAUUCAGUUGAAAACUCUAUUGUGAUGGGGUUUGCAGGGUGCAACCUAGACUGUGGGACUGCUGAGCCCUCCAAACCCACUAACCUGGGCUCCCUUUCACAAGUGAUGCUGAUAUCAAGUUACAAGCCUCUGACAGGCAUUGCACUUACAGACAUCCAGAGGCAGGGACACACCCAAAUGAGUUACAUUAAUGGUCUCCCAGCCACUCAUGAAUCAUCAAUAGGGAGGCUUCAACCAAUGCCCCCCAGCUCCCCAGUCUUGCAUCCUAGAACUGUACCAUCUUGCACUGGUCAGAAGCCUGACCGGUGUAAGUUCAUUACUUAGUUCACCAUUUCUUCAUAGGAAAGUGGACAUGGAUUGCCUUUGUUAACCUGA